AUGCAAUUCUUCUCCCUGCGUUGGGUGUUUACUCUAGAACCUCUUCGUGCUCUAUUUCAUGUCAACUGCGCCGGUCAGGUGUUCAUUGAUCUUGACAAUCCAGCACCCCUGGACAAGUUGGAAUGGAUUGGCAAAGGAAAAGUGUAUCCCAUAUUGGAUCCACCUCAAGAGCUGGUCGUCUAUCGCGACAGCCAUUUGGACAUACCUAAGAUUUGGGCACACUUGCUUCUACCUGAUGGCAACAUCACUGUCGAGGAGCUUCUUGCGAAAUCUUUGUUCAAGGAAAGCUCAGCAGUUCAAGCAUUGAGUGAGAGGAAGAAAAAGGGUGGUAACGACAUUGAAAUGGGGACAGAUGACCAGGAAGAUUAG